AUGGUUAACAGCAAAGACAGCGACGGCGCUUUCAAAAAGUUGAAGCACUUCUUUAGUGACAGAAGGUUCCAAGAUAGUUCGUGGUCAUGGGUAGUGUGUUUUUCGGCGGCAGUGUGCAAUGGAAUCAAUCUGGGCUUUGCUCUCAGCUUUGGAGUUUUGUUCCCGGAGUUGAUGAAGCACUUUAAUGCCUCAAGAGAGAGGAUAGCCUGGGUUGGUUCCAUCGGCCUGGCCAUGGUAUGGUUUGCUAGUUUGCCGGCUGGAUACAUGUGUGAUCACUUUGGAUAUCGCAUCACGUGGUUCUUGGGAGGAAUGCUGUGCAUGACAGGUUUGGCAGCGACGUCUGUCACCAAUAGCCUCACUCUGAUGUACUUUACUUAUGGCCUAGUGUACGGUUUGGGAGCGUGUUUCAUUUACAUCUCUAACUACCUGGCAGUUAGAAAGUAUUUCAACAAAAAAUUCUCAUUAGCUGUUGGUAUAACAGCAUUGGGGUCAAGUGUAGGUGUCCUUUACAAUGGCCCAUUACUUCAGGUUCUUUUGGAUGUGUUUGGAUGGAGAAAUACCUUUAGAAUAUUGAUGGCAGCCUUCGCUCUCGUUUCUAUUUUGAGUUUGAAUGUUAAUCCAAACGUAAUAGAAACAACAAUAGCGACGGGGGCGGAAUCAGAAGCAUUGAACAUGAAGCAACAAGUAGGAAUUAGGGGCAGAAUCUCUUUUUACUGCAGUGUGUGGAAGUUUCCUGUUUACACUUUCGUCGCCAUUUCUUUGAUGGUAGGAUGUUUUGGGAUGUACAUUCCUUACAUCAAUUUGGUCAACUACUGUGAAGAUGUUGGUAUCACGGCGCAGAGUGCCUCUCGACUGUUCAUUUUCAUUGGUCUUACCUCGUCCCUGGCACGGAUUCUGACAGGACAACUUUGCAACAAUCCAAAAAUCAAUUCAGUAUUUGUUUAUCAGUCAUCGCUGUUUGUCGCUGGUGUAUCUGUGCUCCUAUUACCUUUGGCAACUAAAUACUGGGCCUUAGUUGUAUUCAGCUGUGCCUAUGGAAUAAGCGAUGGAAUUUUUAUAACAACACAAAAUUACAUAUUGCUUAGCUGUGUGGAUAAAGAGAGAGCGACGGCAUCAUUUUGUAUCCUUAGUCUGCUUUAUUCGUUUUCAGCAGCUACUGGUGGACCUAUUGCUGGUUUGAUUGCAGACAAAUACGGGAAUUAUAUUAAUUCGUUUUAUAUGACGGGCGGAGUUCUUAUGCUAGCGUUUGUUAUUCCUUUUGCAUUGACUUUCAUCAACUGGAGAAAGUCUCAAGUCAGUCCAGAAGUGUCAAGAGAAAUGAGCGAUGUGGAAGCAGAGAAAUGAGCCAACGUGAUAGUCAAGGACUUUCCCGUCAGCUAAUUCAAAAGCUGUAAAAGUACAUAUCAUGGCAUGGCAUCAAAGAUGCAAAAAAAUUACUGCUUGUUAAGAUUGUCUAUUUUUAGCCUUUAAGUUCAUUAGUUUUUGCGAUCCGCACCCGCCUUGCCGCUGGGACUCAUGGUACUGCGCAUGCUUCAGUCCAUGCUGUCACGGCGAAUGUUCAGUCGGCGUAAAUUCCCAAAGAAGCAAGACAAGUUUCAGUUUAAGUCAAGUUACCGUUUGUAGUUUUGUAACCAAGUAUUUGAAUUGUGUGGGUCAGAUAGGUAAGUCUCUUUUUCUUUGUUAUUGAGACUUAGUUCUAAUUGAUUUCUAUGUUGCAUGACUCAAUUCUAGGUCAAGAAAAUUACUAUUGUUCUUCCCUCGUGCAUAUACAAAUUAAAUAGUAUCUUACAAGCGUUACAAAGCCAUAGUUAUUUUGCCUUCUGAUUAAGUACCGCACGUAUUGCUAUUAAGUACAUUUGGUUCUUAUUGUUUAUGUAUAUUUGCUUCAGUUUAGUUGCUCUUUCAUGUGGGGAAGGUUGUUAUUUUUAUGUGGAACUGUUAUUAUGCGAAUUACGGUUCCGCCCCCAAAUAUCAACAUUGUAGUUUGCUUCGUGACCUUUGCCUCUAUUUUAGUCUAGCCUUGUACUUAAUUGUAUUUU